AUGUCUACUGGUGCAUCAUCAAAUAUUAUUAUUCGUUUACAAAAUUUACCGAAUGAGGCACGAGCUGUUGAUAUUCGACGAUUCUUUACUGGUUUGAAUAUUCCAGAUGGUGGUGUACAUGUUGUUGGUGGUGAAAAAGGUGAUGCCUUUAUUAAUUUUAGUUCAGAUGAUGAUGCUCGACAAGCUAUGAUGAAAUCGGGUAGUAUUUGUGGUAAUCCAAUAAAAUUAUUUUUAAGUAGUCGAUCAGAAAUGCAAUCAAUUAUUGCACAAGUUCGUGCUGGUCCAUCAACAAAAACUGUUGAACAAAAUUAUACAUCAAAUAUUGUUGAACAACAAGAUCAAAAUGGUUCUAAUUUACCAAAAUUACCAUCAGCAAAUACUAUAUCAUCAAUUCUUGCAGAAUUUCAAGCUAAAGCUGCUCAACAACAACAACAACAGCAACAACAACAAUUACAAAUGCAACAACAAACAUCAGCUAUUGAUCCAACAAAUGCUUUAUUAUUAGCUGUAGCACAAAAUGGAAGUAAUCCAUUAGCACUUCAACAAUUAUUAGCUACAUUAAAUGAAAAACAACAGCAACAACAACCACAACCAACAGUUGGACAACAAUUUCCAUUUCAAAUGCCACUUCUUACAAAUCCAAUUAAUCAAUAUGCACAACAAUCAAAUGCAUGGAUGGCACAACAAUUUACAAAUCCAUUUCAAUCACAACGUGCAGCUGCUCUUCUUCUUCAACAACAACAACAACAACAACAACAACAAACAUUAUUUCCAAAUUAUAAUCAAGAUCUAUUUCAAACAGCUAUAACAGCUGAUGAACCAUAUAUUCGUGUUCGUAAUAUACCUAUUGGUUAUAAUUAUUAUAAUAUAAAACUUUUAUUUUCAAAAUAUAAAUUAAAUCUUUCGGAUAUAAAAAUAAUUAAUGAUCAAAAUGGUCAACGUACAGGUGAAAUUGUACUUCGUUUACAUACAAAUAAAGAUGUUGCUGAUAUAUUAUCACAAGAUGGUCGUAUACAAUGUUUUAAUGCAAUGUUAGAUAUUAAAAAAAUUGAUGAAUAUACAUUUGCAUCAGCUAUUGAUUCAUAUAUGCCAGCACAUAUUAAAAAAACACCUGGUACAACAAUUAAAAAUUGUAUGCGUGUUACUGGUUUACCAAAAACUUUUGAACGUAAAGAUGUUAAACGUUUUUUUGCUGGUUGUAAUGUAACAAAUCGUCCAGGUGGAAUAUUUAUUGAAACAGAUACACUUAAUGGACCAACAUUUGUUGAAUUUGAAACUGAAAUAGAUGCUGAAAAAGCUUUUUUUUAUAAUGGAGAAAAAAUUGGUUCAUCAACAAUUGAAAUGUAUCGUAUGACAAAAACUGAUAUGGAAAAUGAAAUAAAUUCAUUAAAACGUGGUCCAGAACGAAUACAACGUCGACCACCAUUAUUACAUCAUGAACCAACAACAAUAGGAAAUAUUCGUAAUGAUAAAUCACAACAUUUAUUACCAACACCAACAUCAUUUCAUCAUCAUAUUGGUUCACCUAUUCAUACGUCAACAUUUCCAAUACAACCAAAUUUAAAUCAAGAUCAAACAAUAAUUUGUCUUCGUUUAAGAAAUAUACCAUAUUCAACAACAGAAAAACAAAUAUAUGAUUAUUUUGCUGAUAGAUCAAUACAAAUUGAAAGUUGUAAAAUUUUACUUGAUCGUUUUAAUCGUGGUGCUGGUGAAGCAUUAGUACGUUUUCGUGAUGCUCAAUCAUGUCAAAUAGCAUAUGAAUCUAAAAAUCGACAAAUUUUUUAUGGACGUACAUUAGAUUUACGACGUAUAACAUUAUUUGAAUAUCAAAAUGCAUCAUUAACACCUAUGUUAACAGCAAAUGAUUUAGCAUCACCAGCUACAAUGAAUCAACAUUUUCAACAAGCUAAUACAAAACGAUAUCCACCAUUUUAUGAACGAGAUGAUGAUCGACGAAAUGAUAAACGACCAAGAUGGGAUGGUGGACAUAAUGAUAAAGAUUCAUAUGGAUUUAAUCGAAAUUCACCACGAAUAACUAAAGAUGAUCAAGGAUCUGAAGUAAAAAUAACUGAUGAAAAAAAAAUUCUUAAUGAUCGACGUUCAUCAACACCACCAAUUACACCGACAACAAAUUUACCACCAUUACCAAGUGAAUUAAAUGAUUAUGUUGGUCGUAUAUUAUUAUUAUCAAAUGUUCCUUAUCGUGCAACACGUGAAGAAAUUCUUGAUUUUCUUCGUCCAUAUACACCUGUACCUGAUACACUUAAAAUACGCUGUGAUGUUAAUGGUAAACCAACUGGUUUUGGUGUUGUUGCUUGUGAAACAAUAAAAGAUGCAACACAAGCUGUUACAGAACUUAACAAUCAAAUGUUUAUGUCACGUAAAAUUUUUCUUCAACAAAGAUAA